CAACAGCAACAUCAUAAUCAACAACAACAACAACAACAACAACAACAAAAGCAACAUCAUUAUUAUUAUGAUUAAAAGUUGACCCAAUUGCGAGUGCAACAGUUCUCGAGUGCAAACCCAAAUACAACAAAAGGAAAGAAAAUAUUUUAUUCCAAAAGUGUCUUCGCCACAAAUGCUCUAAAAGGAUUUACGCGCCCAACUAAAUAACAAUUAAUACUCUAUAAACUUAUUUAAUGUGCAGUUAAAACUCAAGCACACACACACACACGUACACACACGCACACACACAUCAAUAUCACACCUUUACACACACACACACACACACACACACACAGGCAGCUGCAUUUGUUGUCUUUUGCAUUGAUUUCCUGCGCGCGCGUUCCGAAGAAAAGCCGUCAAAAUUCUUGAUAAAGUGGCCUCAAUAGGCGCCAACACGCUCAAUUUUACGGACCUAGGGAGCCCCUACGAGGGGCCUCCCAGCACCCCACAAUCGGGCAUGGAUGCGCCGGACGCACCGCAUACGCCCAAAUAUAUGGACGGCGGCAGCACCGUGCCCGUCAGCGCCAGCAUCACGCCCGGCGUCAAUAUACCCGGCAAAUCAGCGUUUGUCGAGCUGCAGCAGCAUGCCGCCGCCGGUUACGGCGGCAUACGCAGCACCUAUCAGCAUUUUGGUCCGCAGGGCGGCCAGGAUUCGGGCUUCCCGAGUCCGCGCAGCGCCCUUGGCUAUCCAUUCCCGCCCAUGCAUCAGAAUUCCUACUCCGGCUAUCAUUUAGGCAGCUAUGCGCCGCCCUGCGCCAGUCCACCCAAGGAUGACUUUUCAAUCUCAGACAAAUGCGAGGACUCCGGCCUACGCGUCAAUGGCAAGGGCAAGAAAAUGCGCAAGCCACGCACCAUUUACAGUUCACUGCAGCUCCAGCAACUGAAUCGACGUUUCCAACGCACCCAAUAUCUGGCACUGCCCGAACGUGCCGAGCUGGCGGCGAGUUUGGGCCUCACGCAGACGCAGGUGAAAAUCUGGUUCCAGAAUCGUCGCUCCAAGUACAAAAAGAUGAUGAAGGCCGCUCAGGGUCCGGGCACCAACAGCGGCAUGCCUUUGGGCGGCGGUGGACCCAAUCCUGGUCAGCAUAGUCCUAAUCAAAUGCACAGCGGCGGUAAUAACGGCGGUGGCUCAAAUAGCGGCUCACCCUCACAUUAUCUACCUCCCGGACAUAGUCCAACGCCAUCAAGUACGCCUGUGUCUGAGUUAUCACCCGAGUUCCCACCAACGGGUCUUAGUCCGCCAACGCAAGCGCCAUGGGACCAGAAACCGCAUUGGAUCGAUCAUAAGCCACCGCCGCAAAUGACACCGCAGCCACCUCAUCCAGCGGCGCCGCAUCCGCAAACGCAUCACCACAAUCCGCCACCUCAAAUGGGCGGUUAUGUGCCGCAGUAUUGGUAUCAGCCCGAGACGAAUCCUUCAUUACUAACCGUGUGGCCGGCGGUUUAACAGCACCCGAAUCAGCUGCACCCGCCGCCAACCCCCGCCGCCGCCGCCGCCGCUGCUGCCUGGCCACAGACUGCGGCAGCGCAGUGCUACGAGGCAAGGCCCUGCGCCGAACUGAAUCUGCACCACAAUGCCCAUUCCCAUCCCCAUCUUCAUCAUCAUCAGCAUCAGCAUCAUCAUACACACAAUGAUGCGGUUUUUGUGGGCGAGGGCGACGGGAUUGCGACGGGCCAGUGAAUGUGACCCAAAACAAAACAAAACAAAACAAAAAAACACAAAACAAAAACAAAAAUAUAUAUACAUAAACAAAUCUUAGCCAAUAAUUGAUUAUUGAUUGAGCAUUGAUUGAUGAGUAUAUAAGAACAUUGUAAAAUAUUAAAUAAUUUUGUAUAUUUAAAUUUUAAAAUGUGAAUGAGUCGUUUUAAAGUAAGUCUCUCUAAGAAAUAAGAAUAACAAUUAAAGCUAUAACAACAAAUUAAAAUAAUAAAAAAAAAAACAUUCCUCAAUAUAAUUUU